AUGCAAGCCCACCACUUUAAUCUCCAGUCCGUACCUUCCCUCCCCUCUCCUCCCGUCUCCCGCACACGGCAGAAUGCACGCGGAUCUGACCAAACCGUCCAAGAGGCUCUUUCCCUCCUGACCGCAGCUGACCGUGCGCAACAACCUGCUCUGCCUGUCCUGUCCAGGGCGGCGUGGGCGGCAUCCACCACGGUGGCCAUAGGUGCCAGUUGCGGCAGGUCUAUAUCCAUUAGGCACCCCGUCGCCGCAUUGUCCUCUGGCGGAAGGAAGAGGAAGGGCUAGCGGCGGGGCGAGGCCAAGCCCCCGAGCCCGCCACCGCCGCCACAGCCCCUGCCUCGACAGAGCGAGACCCCGAGCAGCAAGAAGUCUGGCGCGAGGCCGUCGGGCGAGGCCAAGAAGAGCCGCCGCCCAGUGGAGCUGGGAGAAGCGCGCGGCCCGCAGAGGCUGGAGGGCGGCGAGGUGAGGAGGGGAUAUUAUAUGCAGCAGCAGCAGCAAGAGAAGGCGAAGGCGAAGAGGCUGGUGCGGUGGAAGUGCGCGAGCGGAUGCAGCGCAUGUUGCAAGCUGUUCAAGGGCCCCGACUUCCCCACUCGUGACGAGAUCUUUGCCGACCAUCCCGAUGGCCUCAAGCUGUACAGGAUCGGCUCUGAUGGAUGGUGCAUCAACUACGACAAGGCCACCCGCACCUGCAACAUCUACCAAGACCGACCUAGAUUCUGCAGGGUGGAACCAAAGGUUUUUGAUGAGUUCUUUGGCGUGCCACGCAACAGAUGUGACCGGGAAGCUUGCAGUGCUUGAGUGGAUAACAUCAACACCGUGUUUAGUUCCUUGUGGACACUGUAGUAUUUUCGUUUAUUUGUGGUAAUUAUUGUCCAACUAUGGACU